AUGGCUGGGAUCAGUGAUAAGACUAUGGGAGACAAGACUGAAACUGAGACUAGCCAGACGAAUUGUUUGGGAUCAUCUUUGAAAGAAGUUGUUAAAAAUCCAAAGACUUCUACUCCAAACGACGGAAUCCAAGUUCGGCCUGAAAAUUACGGAUUGCAUUUUAUCACUCCAAUCAACAAACCUUCCGAAACUUCCACUUCUAUAAUCUUGAGAGAAGAGAAUUCAAACCGUACAUUCGUGGUCAAAAAAGCAAAUUCGCCACGAAAGAAAGAACACUUUAUGAAGUGUUGUAUGACUCGAGAAGAAUCUCCUCUGAGAGAAGUAAGUGUUUUAUCCGAUGGUUCACCAAUUCCCGACAAAUCGAGUAGCCGAUUACUAUCCUGCUCUUCCAACUCAAUUGACUGGAAAGAUGUCGAUUCUAGUGUCAGUAAUACAAGAAUAUCAAAGUUGGAAAUGGAAUUGAGAACAAUGACAGAGCAAUGUCGUGUUGAGAUACAAAAGAUCUCUGAUUUGGAGGGAAAAUUGGAAGAGAAUGAAAAGGUGCUGGAAACACGAUCAAAUUGGUUGGAAGCCGAAGUCGGUCGUCUUCAAACAGCCCUCGUAGCAAAAGAAGUUGCACCGGAAAAAGCAAGACUCGUCGAACUGGAAAGGGAAUUAUCUAGUUCGAAACAUCAAAUAGGAGUGCUAAAGUACAACGAACAACUCAAAGUUGAACGGAUUAAGGAGUUGGAGGACGCCAUGGAUGUUGAGGAUAUGGACAGAACCUCGAAGAUCAUAAAUUUACAUCGUCAAGUGCACCAAACCCUAAUGCCUCGAAUCAGUCAGCUAGAGAAAAUGGUCCGAGAAAGAGAUGAUUGGCUGCGUCAUAUGGCGUACUCACGCUCACUUGAAAGGGAGAGGAGACGUCUUCUUUCUAUUCAGAAUCAAGGAAUGCUCAAUACUAUUUUCCAGUUGAAGGGAAAACCCCUCCCUGAGAAAAUCCACGAAAUUCUAGAUAUGGAUGACUGUAUUGAUAAGAAGAAAUUGAGAAAGGAUUAUCAGUUGGAUGCUGUGUAA